AUGCCACCUCGAUUGAUGGCGCUGCCUACGCAGCUCUCGCAAUUCAUUGCGCGGCCCUUUACACAGGCCUCACCGCUAGCCUUCCUCACCCCGACAUUCCAGCAAUCCCGCAACGCCUCCAUUCUCUCCUCGCUCUCCGAUAAUCCCACAGCGUACAACAAGCGCAUCCGCCGUGGUCGUGGUCCUGCCUCCGGCAAGGGUAAAACUUCCGGACGUGGUCACAAGGGUCAAAAGCAGCACGGCAAGGUCCCUGCGGGCUUCAAUGGUGGUCAGACAAAGGAUAUCGUCGUCUCCGGCGAGCGAGGGUGGAACAACAUCUUCGCCGUUGAUAUGGCCCCCGUCAACCUCGAGCGCAUCCAAGAAUGGAUCGACCAGGGCCGCAUCGACCCAACCCGACCCAUCACCAUCCGCGAACUCACCCACUCGCGAUGCAUCCACCAAUCCAAAGACGGCGUCAAAGUCCUCGGCGGCUCCGCCACAGCCCUCAAGCAACCCAUCCACCUCGUCGUCUCCCGCGCCUCCAGCUCCGCAAUCGAAGCCGUCGAGGCCGCCGGCGGCUCGCUGACAACGCGCUUCUACACCCGCAUCGCUAUCCGCCACAUUCUCCGCAUGGAGUCGCACCCCUUCAUCUCGAUGGCCUGGUCGCCCGAGAGCGGGCCUAAGGAGUUGCUCAAGGCGGACGGUGCCCCCGAGGAUGUCUCCGAGGCUACCGUCAUGAAGAACUUGGGCUUGAAGUAUCGUCUGCCGGAUCCGACGCGCCGUCGUGAUGUUGAGUAUUAUCGUGACCCGGCGCACCGGGGGUAUUUGGCUCAUCUGCUGAAGCCCAUGGAGGGUCCUAGUUUGUUCUUCCGUUCGCCAGAGGAGCGCAAGUCGGCUGCGGGUACGAAGAAGGAGAAGGUUCUCCCCGAGAACAGACUUUGGUAA